UACCUGUGUACGGGACAUUUGGAUCUUCAAUUUCUUUUUCUUUUUCCAGUUGUCUGCUCCGCCAUUCUCACUAACGCCUUUUUUCGUUUUUGUGUGUUGCGCGCAGCUGGGUAGCUUCGAUAGUAUCUUCUGGGAUCAAUUGCUAGCUACCAAAAUCGACCUCUAGCUCGAACUGUCUCACAAGCUCAUUAGCUCAUCCUGCGUCUCUUUUUGCGCCAACUUUGUCGGGACUGGACAGCUCCAUUGACGUCUGCAGCGUUGAAUUGCUUCCCGCGUCCCACGCAACCCCCAGCAAAUACAACCAGCUGCUCAAGCGCCGAGACUCUUGAUCUUGGUGUGAGUACCCACAAGCUUGACAAUCCUCGCCUCAUCCCCGCCCGACAUCCAUACCUUGCCUUCCCUACCUCAGACAUCCACAUCCAUUUUGCUGCAGACAUAUCGCCCGAGUGUCUCCGGUACAACGUGGUGGCGUCGCCGCUUUUGAACCAUAAUUGGCUUGUUACAUCAUUUCUUCUUCAGAGCUAGUUCCGUCGAUACUUUUGUUGUUCGCUCCCCUCUACGGACUACUCUUAUUACCACCCACUACCGCUCUUUGGAGUUGCUGUUCUAGCACAUCUCACCAGCCAAACGACACUUAAACAUAUCACGUUGGAACAUACGACGUGUUCCACGAAAUACUGAUGUCCUUUGCAUACAGUACCGGUGCCGACAUGGCGGAAGGCGGAGAACGUGAGCCUCGCGAGGUCAAGAACCACAUCCUGUUUGAGAUUGCAACCGAAGUUGCGCACAGAGUUGGUGGUAUCUACUCUGUCAUCAAAUCGAAAGCUCCUGUUACGACGGCUGAAUAUGGCGACCGCUACACCUUGAUUGGUCCGCUCAAUCAUACUUCUGCUGCUGUCGAAGUUGAGGAGCUCGAACCGAAGGACCCUGCGCUCACUGCCACGAUCCAGUCCAUGAAGGAUCGUGGCAUCGGCAUAUUAUACGGACGAUGGCUGAUCGAGGGUGCCCCGCGCGUACUGCUGAUCGAUACAAAGACUGCCUACAAGCAUCUGGACGAAUGGAAGACAGACCUUUGGAACGUUGCUUCCAUCCCUUCGCCUCCCGGCGACGAUGAGACCAACGAGGCCAUUGUGUUUGGUUACCUGGUUGCCUGGUUCCUGGGAGAGUAUGUUUGCCACGAGAAAAAGAAGGCAGUUAUCGCCCAUUUCCACGAAUGGCUUGCCGGAGUUGGUCUGCCCCUGUGCAAAAAGCGACGCAUUGAUGUCACCACUAUCUUCACCACUCACGCUACUCUGCUGGGAAGAUAUCUGUGUGCCGGCUCGGUCGACUUUUAUAAUAACCUCCAGUGGUUUGAUGUGGAUGCCGAAGCGGGCAAGCGUGGUAUUUACCACCGAUACUGCAUCGAGCGUGCCGCUGCCCACUCGUGCGAUGUCUUCACCACUGUCUCGCACAUCACUGCUUACGAAAGCGAGCACCUGCUGAAGCGCAAGCCCGACGGUGUCCUGCCAAACGGAUUGAACGUGACCAAGUUUGCGGCCAUGCACGAGUUCCAAAACCUCCACGCCCAGUCCAAGGAAAAGAUCCACGACUUUGUUCGGGGCCACUUCUAUGGCCACUACGAUUUUGAGCCCGAGAAUACUCUUUACUUCUUCACGGCCGGUCGGUACGAGUUCAGGAACAAGGGCUGUGACAUGUUUAUUGAGUCUCUGGCGAGACUUAAUCACCGUCUCAAAGCCUCUGGAAGUAAGACUACUGUCGUGGCUUUUGUCAUCAUGCCUGCCCAGACCUCCUCCCUCACAGUGGAGGCCCUCAGGGGUCAGGCCGUGGUCAAGUCUCUCCGAGAUACCGUUGAUGUGAUUGAGAAGAGCAUUGGUCGUAGGAUCUUUGAGCGCUCGUUGAAGUGGCACGAUGGCGACCCUCUCCCCGAUGAGAAGGAACUGAUUACUAGCCAGGACCGUGUCCUACUCCGGAGACGUCUGUUUGCCAUGAAGCGCCACGGACUUCCCCCCAUUGUCACCCACAACAUGGUAAACGACUCCGAGGAUCCCAUUCUCAACCAAAUUCGUCGUGUCCAGCUCUUCAACCACCCCACAGAUCGCGUCAAGAUUGUUUUCCACCCAGAAUUCCUCAACUCGGCCAACCCUGUGCUGCCCCUGGAUUACGAUGAUUUUGUCCGUGGAACCCAUCUCGGUGUCUUUGCAUCAUACUAUGAGCCGUGGGGUUACACCCCGGCCGAGUGCACCGUCAUGGGUGUUCCGUCGAUCACGACCAACCUGUCGGGUUUCGGUUGCUACAUGGAGGAGCUGAUCGAAAACUCUAGCGACUAUGGUAUUUACAUCGUAGACCGCAGGACCAAGGGUGUCGACGACUCUGUUAAUCAGCUCACCAACUGCAUGUUGGAGUUUUGCCAAAAGAGCCGCAGGCAGCGCAUCAACCAACGCAACCGUACCGAGCGGCUUAGCGACCUCCUUGACUGGAAGCGAAUGGGACUCGAGUAUAUCAAGGCGCGCCAGCUUGCGCUCCGUCGGGCCUACCCGAACUCGUUUGACGGUGACGACACGGCCGAUUUCAUGAACAGCAGCGACCUCAAGAUCUCGCGUCCCUUCUCGGUCCCCGGAUCUCCUCGUGACAGGGCUGGCAUGAUGACGCCUGGUGAUUUCGCCAGUCUGCAGGAGGGCAGGGAGGGGCUCAGCACUGAGGACUACGUAUCGUGGAAGCUUCCGGAGGAGGAGGACCCCGAUGAGUACACUUUUCCCCUAACCCUGGGCGCAAAGCAGCGGCCUUCGGGUCCCGCCAGCCCGCUUGACGGCGUGCAUCUCAACGGCAACGGCAACUAGGGGAGCCAGAGUAGUCGCGUGGGCAGCGUGAGUAGUCCCAGUCGAGACGGCAUUCGAUUCCGACAUUCCCAGGAAAUCAAAGAUGCAGGCAGCUCGGGGCAGGUAGAAGAUGACAGAGAACGGAUGUGAGAUUAACAUCCAGCAAUACCGCUGGUGGAAAUGUGUGCUGAACGGCUCAUGAUCUUCAACGAUGUUUGUGGGAGGACGGAACAACUAAUGUGGAAGAUGGGGAGGGAAACAACGGUGUUCAUCUAUGCCGGUUUAAGUUUUGACGAUUGUUGCAUUGUACAAACCGUACUAUUGCGAAAGUCUCCUUUGUUUGUCGUUUUGUUCCCCUUCGCAUAAUCUUGGGACUAUUUUUUUUUAUCGCAUUAUACUGGAAUGGAGAAAACAAAAGCAUUGAUCAGAUUGUCGCUUGAUUACAUGUUAAUUUUCCACCGUAGUGAAUAUAUGUCAUUUUGGCUCUACA